GUUUAGAAUAUGUGGCUCGAUUAUGUUGCAUUCUCGUAUUUCACGUCAUUAUGGUUUAUAUAGAACGAAUCCUAUCAAAUAAAUACCCAUACAUACUUUAUAAUAGUGCCUACUUAAAUAUUUUUCGUUGCUUCUAUCCCAUGUUUGUUGAUGGUAUUUAAUUCUGUUGUUUGAUAACAAAAUAGUUAAUAAACUUGCACUACCCAACAAAUAUCGUUGGUGUUGAGCCUAACAUGAUAUUUUUAAAUUAAGAAUUUCUAAUACAAAUUAUUUUAUAUAAAGUAGUUGACUUUUGUUGCAAAUAAAAUGGUUCCAACAAUAAUAUCGAGUAAAUAACUAUUUCGACGAAUCAUAUAAUAAAAUAAAUAAUAAGUUCCAAGGAUAGGUAUGUACGAUGCCUAUAAAUACUCCUUAUGUACCAUAAGCCAUAGCGACUAGAACAAUACGAUAUGUAUAAGAAUACGAAAAAUUAAAAUAUCCAUUUAAUGUUAUUUAAAGUCAAUGUCAUGUCAUUAUGGGCAUUCUUAUAAAAGGUCACAUAUGGUAGUUUAGUAAGAAAAUAAACUUUGUAGGUAUUUUCCGACUGAAUAAAAUAAAUGUUGGUAUAAAUUAUUUUUACUUAUGAUGCUGAUCAUCAGUAAUUUUUCAAUGAUAUUGGGGCGCGUUAAGAUUUGGUAAUGGCGUCCACUAACCAAUCGAAGACUUCAGCCCCUUCGGGUGUUGGGACUUCUUCCGAUGACAGAACAAAAUAUUGUGUAUAUAACAAUCCAGAGUCGGAAUCUAAUUCCAGCUCUAUUUUAUCAUCCAUCGGUAGCGUUUUAGUUAUUGUCAGUACCGCUCUGAUAUGUUUCGCCGCUGCCCGGAACUCCAUUACUUGGUAUUGCCAACGGUUCUGGGGAGCUUCAGGGGAUUUUUGGCAGGCUCAGUGGAAUAAAUUUCUCAACGUCGCGGGCGAGGAUCCUUAUUAUUUGUGGGUAUUCGGCACCACCGCACUAACGAUCAUCGUUUACUGGAUUUUCGGUGGGAUUUACACUUUCUUGGACGUGACCAACAAACCUGCCGCUCUCCGACGAUACAAAAUUCAACCGGGCACCAACGAGCCUGUGGACACUAAAAAACUUUUAGAGGUGAUAUCUUGCGUGAUCAUAAAUCAAACUCUAGUAGGUUUGCCGUCCUCAUUCGUGAUGUAUUGGGCGAUGCGAUGGCGAGGAUUUCCCGAAAUAAGGGAAUUGCCGACAUUCCACUGGGUGCUUUACGAAUUGGCCAUUCAUAUUUUAACGGAAGAGGCUGCUUUUUAUUACUCUCAUAGACUGUUACAUAGUCGACAUAUCUACAAAUACAUCCACAAACGCCACCACGAAUGGACAGCUCCGAUAGCGGUGACUGCCAUCUACUCGCAUCCGGUGGAGCAUAUUUUUUCAAACCUAGUACCACCUUUCUUAGGGGUCUUCAUUAUGGGCUCCCAUGUGGCAACGGCGUGGUUAUGGUUUACCCUGGCAAUUUUGUCAACUUUAAACGCCCACUCGGGUUAUCAUUUACCCUUCUUUCCAUCUCCAGAGGCUCACGAUUUUCACCAUUUAAAAUUCAACAAUUGUUUUGGGGUAUUGGGUGUUCUGGACCGUAUCCAUGGAACGGACAAGCAUUUCAGGCAAACGACUGCCUAUGUGAGGCAUAUAAUGAUGUUAAGUUUCAUACCACCGAGGGACGCUUUUCCGGACAGCAAGCCUUGGCUGUACGGUAAAUUCUAAUAUGUAUUUGUCUGUUAGUCAUACACAUUAAAAUGUGAAUAUUUUUUGUGAUUUUUGAUUGACCAUAAAUUUUUUCAUAGGAGGUUCAAGUAGGUAUUAAUAAUCAUUUGUAUAGACGUGACCCGAUUUGUUUUUCACAAUAACUAAUAUUUUAUAAUUCUGUAGCUUUACUCUGUUAUACUUAUACAGUUUAUAAAAGGACCAUACUAAAUAAUAUAACAAUACACUUUAAA